GAGUGCAUGUAUUCAUUGUAAAAUUGUCUUAUGCCUAUUGUGUCUCUAAGAUCCACACUGCAUAAGAGAGAGAGCAAAGAAUUACUUAUUUCUGUAAUGAUGAAGAAGGUUUUAAUAAUGACUAUCAAUCACAGGGGAAAAGUGGUUCUAGUGGCAAAAAGUAAUAAAUUAGUAGACAAGAAUUUCUGCUACUUUUAAAAUUCAGUAGUUUAUUUUGCGUAGCUUUUUAAGAAAUAGAAAAAGAAAAGCAAAGAUAAAAUUCUCAUAUUUACAUGCGUCAGACUUCCUGUAGGAAAUCCCCAGUGAUACGGAAUUACUUAGGCAACUAGCUGUUAAAAGCCAUAAUCAUCUGCUGGCGAUAUCAUGAGCCCUUUACAUUUCGAAGAUAAAAGAAAAACAAUGUCCAGCACUUUUGCCCCAGGCACUGCUAAAUAGGAGUGUUACUUCUGAUAAACAUGAAUGACUACAUUCAUAUCACCGAAGGGAGAGACAUAUAAAAAGAUAUACUCUCCCCUUUCUUCUUCCUGAAAGACUCCAGAGCUGCCGAUUUGACUGACUUUCUUCAAUCAUGAAGACUCCUGUCCUUCUCUUUGUUUUAUUGUUCUUUCUGGCCCCAUUGCCACCAGUGAAAUGUGCCAUGAAAGACAUCUAUAGUUGCUUUAUCAAGAAAGGCAAUUGUAGAUACGAAUGCUAUGAUUCUGAAACACAGAUUGGUUUCUGCACAAAACUACAGGCCGAUUGUUGUAUACAGAAGUCUGAAAUAAAAAGACAGCAUUCCUGA